AUGCAUACCUCGUGUUAUAGUCGGAUGAGGCAGGGCUCGUAUGGUUCAAACCCGUCCAAGCAGUCGCCAGUCGCCGCAGAAUCUGGCCGGGCAGAAGACUUCAGAUCCUCUGAGAUCGUAAAGUCUCUCUUUCAAAACUCGUCGAAGAUCUCCAAGACCCGCAAGCGGUCACGAAAGACCCACCUCAAAGUCCUCGGUCCCCUAUCCUCCCACACGACACUAGCGGCUCACCGGGCUGCCAUAGCAGCAUCACCUCUACUUUCUCUCCCCGGCGAAAUCCGCAACAUGAUAUAUGCCUAUGCUCUCACGUCCGAGACCAAACUUCUAGCCUACAAUAACCAGCGUGGUCGGUUCGACGUUUCUAGAAUUGGUGCUGGAUUGCUGCAGAUCUGCCAUAUGGUUUCGCGCGAGACGAUGUAUUUGCCUUUGUUGCUGAACACCCUUGUGUUUGGCUCGUCAACAGGAAGUGAGGAUAACGAAGAGAGAAUGCUGAAAUGUUUGGGAAAGAUUAUCAACCUAGGGUGGGAGAUUGGAUCGAGAGACGGAGUGGACAUCGAAGUUCUUUCUCAGAAGGAGAUGAAGAUUCUCGAUUCGAAGUGA